AUGAAUAUAGGUGGUGGUGCCUGGCUGGGUGGCCAGCUCUUCUCCGCAAUGGUCAUGCGUCGCCCUGCAGAGCUGUUCCUCAACGAGCUCGGCGUGCCCUAUGAAGAGGACCCCGACAUGCCCAACUACGUUGUCGUCAAGCACGCCUCCCUCUUCACAUCCACCCUCCUCUCCAAGGUCCUCGCCUUCCCCAACGUCAAGCUCUUCAACGCCACCUGCGUCGAGGACCUCGUCACCCGCCCCGGUGCCAGCGGCAGCGCCCAGGACGUCCAGAUCGCCGGUGUCGUCACCAACUGGACCCUCGUCACCCUCCACCACGACGACCACUCAUGCAUGGACCCCAACACCAUCAACGCCCCUGUCAUCAUCAGCACCACUGGCCACGACGGCCCCUUCGGCGCCUUCUGUGCCAAGCGCCUCGUCUCUAUGACCACCAUCGACAAGCUCGGCGGUAUGCGCGGUCUCGACAUGAACUCGGCUGAGGAUGCCAUCGUCAAGAACACCCGUGAAGUCGCCAAGGGUCUGAUCAUUGGCGGUAUGGAGCUCUCUGAGAUUGACGGCUUCAACCGUAUGGGUCCUACCUUUGGUGCCAUGGUUCUUAGCGGUGUCAAGGCUGCCGAGGAGGCUCUUAGGGUCUUUGAGGAGCGCAAGCGCGAGUGCGCUGAGUAG